UUCCCUCCUUGUCAUGUUCGAAACCACCUCACCUCUCUCUCUCUCUCUCUCUCUCUGGGUUCGUGAAAGUGCAACACAAUCGCUCCAACCUAUAAAGCAUACCCAAACACGCCUUAACCCAUGAACUAAAUCUUCCCUUACACCACUCAAUCUCCUCACUUCAUCAUCCUUUCUUCUCUUCCUUUUAUAUCCAUCCAAGAAAAAUCUUCAUCUGAUUUUGUUUCUUUUCCAUGUAUCUGUACCUUGUAUAGCCACACGUACAAGGCAUCUUCUUCCUCUAUUUUAUUACCUAUAAAACAUAGGGAUAAAGGGAAAAAUAUGGUUAUUGGUGGCAGCUCUGUGCCGUUUAGGGUGUUGGUUGUGGCGAUUGCAGCUCUGGGAUUUGCGUGUCUUCUGUUAAUUGCAACUCUGCAAACUGGACCAACCAAAAGCACAGCAAGAACCGUUGAAGCCACUGCAAGUUUCAAACUUGACGCAGAUAUAGGAAGAGAAAAGCUUAUUUAUGAUCCAGAAUUGGAUAUCAACUACAUGAUGAGCAAGAGAAAAGUUCCCAAUGGCCCUGAUCCCAUUCAUAACAGGAGAGCUGGGAACUCGAAACGACCUCCUGGGCAAGUUUAGUUCGAUAUCAAAGAUAAGGAAUUGAAAAAGGUAGAAGAGCAGAAAAGUGGAAAAAGAAGAGACAAGAUGUGUGGCAUCUUGUAUGUAUUCUUUUAGAAAUGGGACAAUAGAUGCUCCUGAAAUUAUUUGAGAA